GGGCUGGGCUAACGUUGGCGUUUCUUCUUUCAACUUCGGAUUGUCGCAGCGCCAUUUUGAAUGAGCCGCAAUCGCUCGUGUGUGUCUGGGAAGUAAGGCUGCUUGUAGGCCACCUGGCCAUCUGUCCUGGGUGUCCUUGUCUUGUUUCCAUAGACACACGCAGAGAGGUAGCCACUUAUAAGUCUAGGCCAGUUCAAGGAGAUGAUGUUAAGAGGAAACCUGAAGCAAGUGCGCAUUGAGAAGAACCCGGCCCGCCUUCGCGCGCUCGAGUCUGCGGCGGGCGACAGCGAGCCCGCGGCCAUGGAAAAACCCGUGGCCCCGGAGGACCGCCCGGAGGAGGAGAUGGGCUUCACUAUCGACAUCAAGAGCUUCCUUAAGCCGGGCGAGAAGACUUACACGCAGCGCUGCCGCCUGUUCGUGGGGAACCUGCCCACCGACAUCACAGAAGAGGACUUCAAGCGGCUCUUCGAGCGCUACGGCGAGCCCAGCGAGGUCUUCAUCAACCGGGACCGCGGUUUCGGCUUCAUCCGCCUGGAAUCCAGAACACUGGCUGAAAUCGCAAAAGCAGAACUGGAUGGCACCAUUUUGAAGAGCAGACCCCUUCGAAUUCGCUUUGCUACACAUGGAGCAGCUCUAACUGUCAAGAACCUUUCUCCAGUUGUUUCCAAUGAGCUUCUAGAGCAAGCAUUUUCCCAGUUUGGCCCAGUAGAGAAAGCCGUUGUGGUUGUGGAUGAUCGUGGUAGAGCUACGGGAAAAGGUUUUGUAGAAUUUGCCGCAAAACCUCCUGCACGAAAGGCUCUGGAGAGGUGUGGUGAUGGGGCGUUCUUACUAACAACGACCCCUCGUCCUGUCAUUGUGGAGCCUAUGGAGCAGUUUGAUGAUGAAGACGGCUUGCCAGAGAAGCUAAUGCAGAAAACUCAGCAAUAUCAUAAGGAAAGAGAACAGCCACCACGCUUUGCUCAACCUGGGACAUUUGAAUUUGAGUAUGCAUCUCGAUGGAAGGCUCUUGAUGAGAUGGAAAAGCAGCAGCGUGAGCAGGUUGAUAGAAACAUCAGAGAAGCCAAAGAGAAGCUGGAGGCAGAAAUGGAAGCAGCUAGGCACGAACACCAGUUAAUGCUAAUGAGGCAAGAUCUAAUGAGACGUCAGGAAGAACUAAGACGCUUGGAAGAACUCAGAAACCAAGAGCUACAAAAACGGAAGCAAAUACAACUUAGACAUGAAGAAGAACAUCGUCGUCGUGAGGAAGAGAUGAUCAGACACAGAGAACAAGAGGAAUUGAGACGACAGCAAGAAGGCUUUAAACCAAACUAUAUGGAAAAUAGAGAACAGGAAAUGAGAAUGGGUGAUAUGGGUCCCCGUGGAGCAAUAAACAUGGGAGAUGCGUUUAGCCCAGCACCUGCUGGUAACCAAGGUCCUCCUCCAAUGAUGGGUAUGAAUAUGAACAACAGAGGAACUAUACCUGGCCCACCAAUGGGUCCUGGUCCUGCCAUGGGACCAGAAGGAGCUGCAAAUAUGGGAACUCCAAUGAUGCCAGAUAAUGGAGCAGUGCACAAUGAUAGAUUUUCCCAAGGACCACCCUCCCAGAUGGGCUCUCCUAUGGGGAGUAGAGCAAGUUCUGAGACCCCUCAAGCACCGAUGACUGGUGUGGGUCCCGUGAGUGGUGGUCCUGGUGGCUUUGGUAGAGGCAGUCAAGGGGGAACCUUCGAAGGUCCUAAUAAGCGUCGUAGAUAUUAAACAUUCUUUUGUUCCUGACUCCCUAGAAACAAAAUUCAGUGGUAUGCCUUUACACUUUUACUUGUUACCUGGAAGAAAUGGUUUUAUUGUUAAUGUAUGUGUAGACUGAAAACUCUUUCUUUUGUAAAAAUUGAGGUUUUGUAUUUUUCUUUAUUCGUAAGCUUUGUAGAUUAGAAUGGUAGUGAUGAUACACAUCAUUGUGAAUGUUAAAAUAUGUUUGUGACUUUAGCUGACUAUAGCUAUGCCAUAGUACUGUGAAAUCUAUGUAGUUACUUUAUCUCAAUAAAGAAAUCAUUUUGAGUAAUUUAAGAUGUUAUUAGUGGUAUUCUCUUAUGGUUUUACUAAGCUUUGCUGUAACAGUGAUUCCUUGGUUGCUUUAACUAAUCCCAGCCAUUUAAAAAUGCAAAAAUGAUUUUGCUCUUUUUGUGCAAGUAGCUCUGAAGUUAGAAACUUAGUGAAAGCUAAUGUCAAUACAGAUACGUGGAUUAGUAUAUUUGGGGGUGGGAGUGCAUGGGAGUUUAAUUUGUGUAACCCAUUGAUGUUCUGUGAAAUUGGAGUUGCUGCCUACAUUUCAUAAAGAUUCUGAAUAUUCAGAUAUUCUGAAAAGGAAGGGUAUCUUUGUCCUGUGCUGCUUUUCCAAAUAAAUCUUUUGAAUCUUGAAAAAACUGUUUGAAGGCAAAUCUCUUUUGCUUAUAAAAUAUCUAGUUUGUAAUUUUAUCUACCAACAUUUAUUU